AUGCACAAGACCCUGGGCUCCACCCUCAGUCCAUGCACUUACUGCAGUCUUAUAGAUGAGAUCCCUGCAUCUUCUGGUGGCAAGAAUAACCACUGGCGAAGAUUAAAUCUCAGAAGCAUUCCCAAGACAAUGAUGAUGUAUGACAUAGUUGAUUAUGUGGAGUCUGGAGUAAUCUCAGACCGUUUACAAAAAGAAAUGAAGUAUUUGUUACAGAAACCACAAACGGAAGAGAUGCGUCAGCACCAGCUAGACAUAGUUUCUAAAGUUAGGUAUCCAUCCAUUGCAACUGUCCGUCCCUUUUACCAGCCCUGGGAACAGCAAAAGAAAAUGAAACAUCUGGGUCGUCGAUCCAAGCAAGCACAAAAGAAGGUUGAAAAAAUGAAAAAAGCCUAUAUGGAAACUAAAGAAAAAUUGGCUUCCUCCCAGGAACCACUAGCAAGCACGUCACAAAUGAAGAAGAAGGUCAUCUUCUACACUCCAUCUUUUGAAAUUUUGAAAGUUGAUGAACUGAUAGACAGCGACUUGGAAAGUGAAGAAAAAGAAUUAUUCGCCUGGUAUCAAGACCUAUAUGUUAAACAUCCUUCCUUGUUUUGA